CAACAACAACAACAACAAAUACAACACCAGCAGCAACAUCAACAUCUACAGCAACAACAAUAUCAGUUGCACCAGCAUCAUGGUGUACAACAGCAGCAACAACAAUAUCAAUUGCAUGUUCAACAACAGCAACAACAACAACAGCAGCAUCAGCAUCAGCAUCAUCAACAACGUACAUGUGCCAUAUCGAUACCAAAUCCAAUUGAGAAGUCCCAGAAUUUUCAAUUCUUCAUCGCAUGAACAUUUUUCCUAAACACAAAAAGCUUUAAAAUUACC